AUGUGGACAGAAUUUGAAAAGAUGAGUAUGACUAACGCUGAAGAUUGUGCACAAAUAGAUCAUAUAAUGGAUCAAAUCGAAGCAACUCUGACAAAAACACACAUUCAGAGUGUCAAUCAUCGAAAAAUGACAAACGAUAUUCUUGUUUCUGAUGAAAUUCCAGCAUUAACUACAAUUUAUCAUAAUACAGGCAAGGAAUCUCAUCAGCGUAAUCUGGAAAAUUUUCUAAUCAUCUGGCUAAAUCCUAAUAUUCAUAGCAUUGAAGACGAUAAACUUACCUCAUUAAAAAAUCAAAUCAAUGUUUUAAGUUUAAUUGAACCUCUAGUAUAUGAUGAUUAUAAUCGUCGAAUGGAAUCAUUGUUUGCAGCCGCACUAUAUCAUCUUGAACGUCUUUUAUCAACAGAUGUAUGGGAACAGAGAUAUCAUACAAGUAAUUGGAUGCUGGAAAUAUGUACUUUCAAUGUUGAAGAAUGGAAAUUAAUCGAUACAAUCUGGCGUGAAGAGUCUCAAAUCGAUAUGCGAUUUUCUGUGACAACCUAUAUUUUGAUGGGAAUAGCUGUAAGAGAUUGGAGCAAACCAGAGGAGGAAAGUGGUCAUUGGCGAUUUGAGUUACGUGAUAUAGCAUCAAUAGGUAAAGUCAGACGAAUGAUUCAAUUAGAUGACGGAAUGAAAUCGCCAUGUAUAGUAUCACUUUCAAAUGCAGAUUGGUUAGCGUAUGACAACGAGACAAAAUUACUUAAUCUAGUUGAUCGAACUGUUAAAUCGAAAAAAUCAAUAGAAUACAGUGAAAGCAUUAAAUAUGCAACAUUAAUGGAUCAAAACUGUUUUGUUAUUUUAACAAAAAAUAAUCAGUUGCAUUUUCAUGAUCUCUAG